AUGACAUCAAAAGAUUCUGAUUUAAGAGACCUUGAAAAAAAUCAACCUAUUGGUAAUGCAGAUUCUAAUUCAAAUGGAAUACAGAAUCUGACAAGUAGAUACUCAAAUCAUGAUUCAAAAGAAUUGAAUGAAACAGUUCACCUGAUUGAUGAAGAAAUUGAAUUUCCUGAAGGUGGUUGGGAAGCUUAUAAAGUUGUUGCUGGUGGAUUUUUCACUUUAAUGAUUACAUUUGGUUUAAUGAAUACUAUUGGUGCUAUCCAAGCAUAUUUAACAAAUCAUCAAUUGAAAAAUGAAUCCUCAAGUACAAUUGGUUGGACUUUUUCUAUUCAUUACUUGGUAGCUUAUGCGUUUUGUUUAAUUGCUGGUCCAUUAUUUGAUUGGAAAGGUGGAAGAUUAUGUGCUAUUAUAGGUUCAAUACUUUUAGUUGCUGGCCUAUUCAUUACUGCUAAUUGUGAUGAAGUUUACCAAAUAUUGUUAGCCUAUGGUUUUAUAGUUGGCAGUGGUACUUGUUUACUAUAUACAAGUGGGUUAGGCGCAGUUUCACAUUAUUUCAAAAGGAAAAGAGCAACAGCUUUAGGAAUCUCAUCUUUAGGUGGAUCAGUCGGUGGUGUUGUUUGGCCUUUAAUGCUUAGACAACUGUAUCCAAAAAUUGGUUAUGUAUGGAGUAUGAGAGUUUUAGCUUUAUGUUGUGGUAUUUGUGCAAGUUUAGCAUGUCUUUCAGUUAAAAGUAGAUUAAAAAAGCAAAAAGAAGAUGUAAUUAUUGAAAAAAAUCCAAUUAAAUUUAUGAAUAGCUCAUUAGCAUUAAGAGAUUUGUUUAAAGAAAAAAGAUUCUUAUAUUUAACAUUUUCAAUUUUUUUUUGUGAAUUUUCAUUAUUAAUGGUUAUGACGUAUAUAACUUCUUAUACAAUUCAUCAAGGAUAUUCAGAAUCACAGGGGUUCUUGGUACUUAUAAUACUAAAUGCCAUUGGAUUAUUAGGCCGUGUUAUUCCAAAAUAUUUGGGUGAUGUUUAUGGAAGUUUUAAUAUAAUGAUUGCUACUGUUGGGUCAUGUGCAAUUUUCAUAUUGGCAAUUUGGCUACCAUUUGGUCAUAAUUUAAGUGUUUUAUAUGCAUUUGCAGGAUUAUAUGGGUUUUCUUCAAGCUCAACAUUAUCAUUAACUCCAGUUACGUGUGGACAAAUUAGUCGUACUGAAGAUUUUGGUAAAAGAUAUGGUACAGUUUAUUUCAUAUCUUCUUUUGGUAAUUUAUUAGCUUUACCAAUAGGUGGUGCUUUAAUUAAAGAUGGUCCUAAUGGAUUUCAAAAUUUUAUCAUAUUAGCUGGUGUUACAGAAGUUGUAUCAGUAGUGUUCUUUAUACUUGCAAGAUAUGAAUGUGUAGGAAUGAAAUGGGCUAAGAUUUGA